UGUGACCGCAGAUACCCAGAAAUCUUUCAUGCGAACACCAGAAGUAGGGGUCCAAAGAUACACAGGGACCCGAACAUGGAGUUUUACACUGCAGAUUGGUAUCCUCUGGGCACCGCUUAUUACAGAAAAUUUGAUUUGUACCGAAUGGAAUGGAACUUGAAAGAGGAUCUUAAAGAUUGUUUAGUUGCUGUUGGGCCAUAUGGAGGAUCAAUUGCUCUAAUGAGAAAUUUGUCAAAAGAGAAGCCCAGCAGUUCCCGUCCUGUUUUGGAGAUUUAUUCAGCCUCUGGUGUACUUUUAUCUUCUAUUCUGUGGAAAAGUGGGCAAGUGGUGCAUCUGGGAUGGACUGUUACAGAGGACCUGCUGUGUAUUCAAGACGAUGGGACUGUAUUAAUAUAUGAUAUUUUUUGUGAGUUUAAAAGGCAUUUCAGCAUGGGAAAUGAAGUAAAGCAAAACCAGGUUCUGGAAGCAAAGGUUUUUCACUCUGAAUAUAGAACUGGCAUUGCCAUUUUAACAAGUGCAUUAACAUUUACACUUACUUCAAACAUUGAUGAAUUGAAAUUACGCAGAAUGCCAGAAAUCUCAGUCUCCAAAAUCCCUCCAACUUGUUGGGCAGUUCUUUUCCAGGACAGAGUAACACUUGUUUUGGUAGCUGUGGGCAAAGAUUUAUACCUUCUGGAUAAUACAACUUGCUCUGUUUUGACUCUCCCUGGAAUAAGCCCGAUGGCUGGUGCUUACUUGCAGAUGUCUGUGUCUUUCAAUUAUAAACACAUUGCGCUCUUCACAGACACUGGAUAUAUGUGGUUUGGUAAAUCUUCUCUAAAGGAGAAACUGUGUGAGUUCACUUCAGAUAUCCGGACAGCACCAAAACAGAUGGCCUGGUGCAUACGGCCACACAGUAAGCAUGUUGCAGUUGCUGUGAUGUGGGACAGACUUCUUCUUGUGGCUGGAAAAGCAAAAGAAGGCAUUUCAUUUCAUCUGGACAAGACAUCCAUUAUGGUGCCUGAACUUGAUGGAGUCAGAAUAUUCUCUCAAUCUGUGCAUGAAUUUCUCCACGAAAUACCAAGGGCAACCGAGGAAAUUUUUAAGAUUGCUUCAAUGGCUCCUGGUGCACUUCUUCUUGUGGCACAGAAAGAAUAUGAGAAAGAAAGUCAGAAGUCUGAUGAUUACCUUCGUGAAAUAAAGGAUCAGAACUUGCUCUCAAUAGCAGUGGAAAAGUGUAUUGAAGCAGCAGGUUACGAACAUGCACCAGAAAUUCAGAAAUCAUUGUUGAGAGCUGCAUCUUUCGGAAAAUGCUUUGUUGACAAAUAUUGUCCUAUGGAUUUUGUUACGAUGUGUCAUGAUCUUCGUGUCUUAAAUGCAAUCCAUGACUAUCAAAUUGGAAUUCCAUUAAGUAUAACGCAAUACAAACAGCUUACAGUCCAAGUGCUGCUGGACAGAUUAGUUUUAAGAAGACUGUAUCCCCUUGCUGUUAAAAUUUGCAAGUACCUAAAGCUAUCAGACUUUCAAGGAGUUAGCCGGGUUUUAGCUCACUGGGCCUGCUACAAGGUUCAGCAAAAAGAAAAAUCAGAUGAGGAAGUAGCUCAGGCCAUAAAUCAAAAACUUGGUGACACUCCUGGAAUUUCUUACUCUGAAAUUGCAUCAAAAGCCUGUGACUGUGGGAGAACCGAGUUGGCCAUAAAGCUUUUAGAGUACGAACCAAAAUCAGAAGACCAAGUUCCAUUGCUUCUAAAGAUGAAGAGAUGCAAUCUUGCUCUUAGUAAAGCUAUUGAGAGUGGAGACACUGACCUUGUUUAUACUGUUGUGUCUUAUAUGAAGCAUGAGUUUAAUCGUGGAGACUUCUUCAUGACAUUGCAGAAUCAUCCCAUAGCAUUAAGUCUAUAUCGACAGUUCUGCAAACACCAAGAACCUGAGACCCUCAAAGAUCUGUACAAUCAAGAUGAUAAUCACCAAGAACUUGGAAACUAUUUUGUUCGCUCCAGUUAUUCAUCUGAAAAGAGUGUGGAAGGCCGUGUUGCUGAGCUACAGAAUGCUGCAGAUGAAUACAAUAAAGCCAAAAACGAGCUGGCAGCCAAGGUCACUGAAGAUCAAAUUAAAUUGCUAAGAGUACAGCGUAAAUUGCAAGAAGAACUUGACAAACCUUAUCUAGAUUACUCUUUACACGACACAAUCUAUAAUCUGUUACUUGAUGGAAUGUUUAAAAAAGCAGAGCAACUCUAUAAAGAAUUGAAAGUUCCUGAUAAAAGGUAUUGGUGGCUGAAGAUCUCUGCUUUGGCCGAGAAGGAGGAUUGGGAGGAGUUGGACAAAUUUUCCAGAAGUAAAAAGUCUGCUAUCGGAUUCUUGCCAUUUGUAGAGAUUUGUAUGAAACAUCAUAAUAAAUUUGAAGCUAAGAAGUAUAUUGCACGUGUAAGCCCUGAGCAAAGAGUGAAAGCACUGAUCUUAAUUGGAGAUCUGGAUCAAGCUGCAGAGGCUGCCAUUGAACAUAAGGAUGAAAAUGAUAUGAACAUGGUCUUGUCGAAAUGUGCAUCACUUUCAGAUAAUGCUACUGCAGAAAAGAUCAACCGUGCAAAAGCACAGAUACAGAAAAAGUAAAACCAGUCUCUUCAGACACAACAAUGAUAACCCACACUCCUAAUGUUUUGACUAACUUGGUAUUUCAGAUCAUUUCCAACAAUUAAAUAUGUGAUGCCAUUUACAUGAACCGAAUGACCUGUCUACUUGCAUUAAUAUUGUACACAGAUAUGUUACUCAUAAUGUAUUUGUUUCUUUUUUGGAAAUAAAUUGUAAAGUGUUUCUUA